AUGCGAUUCUAUUGGACAGGGUAUUUCAAUAUGGCGCAGAGGUGGGGGGAUAUCGAGGCUCGCUCCCUUCAGGAACACAUGGAUUCCCUUGAAUUGAAAUGUUCUCAGCAAAAGUACGGCCAAUUGAGUGAAACAAUGAUGGCGAGCGAACACUGGCGCCCGUACAAGUCGAGGACUUACCUGGGUUGA